AUGCCGUGGGGACCAGGGGUCACCUAUAUCAGGAAUUAUCUGCCCCCUCCCAUCUACCCAAGGAAACAGGGGAGCCUAUUAGGGAGACUUGAAAUAAUGAGCUUUGUGGUCAGAGGUCCAGUGUCUGCGGGUGGAGAGGGCUUAGUCUUCUUCUUUGGAAAGGGCCUGUCAAAGAGGUGUGAGGAAGAGACCAAGGGAUCAGCAGGGGCAGACAGGCCAGUACCACUCAAACCUGAAUUGGGCAUGUGGAGGAAGGGAGAGGUCAGGCUUGGCAAGAGGUACAGGAAGUUCAGCUCUGCGGCAGCCACCUCUCUAGUUAAAUGGAGAUCGGGCUGCUUUGGAGAGGAACAGACAAGAGCUCCUGAGGCGCAGACCCUGGAUCCUGCCUUCUGCAGGUUUCCUGCUCAUGGCGGCCUGACCUUCUUAGACCUCCCUCAGAUAGCCCCAUUUUUACCGCCAGCAGACAGAAACCACGGCGACCACCGGGACAAUACCCGAGAGGUGUGCUUUCAGGACACUCGGAUGUUUAUUGAUCCCAAAGGGCUCUGUUUGGUGACUGUGGUGGGGUUGCCAGGGGAACCAGCCUGUGCAACUUCCUGGCUUUGGCGUUUUCCACCCUCCUUGGCCUUAUCUCAGCAUCCGCCACCCAGUCCAGGGCUGUGUACUGGUCACGUAGAAGGGGAAGCUGGUGCCAGGCAUGUCCAGGACUCCCAGGGAACAUUGGCCCAACCACUAAGUACAGGGGACGCCUCAAGCUCCGCUUCCACUGCUUCCAACAGGUCACGGAAUAGGACUCGCUAUCGGACCAAAGCCGUGAACUCGGAGGUAGAUGAGAGCCUUUUUGGAGGUGUCAAGCCUGCACCCCAGGGCAGGAGUGACAGCCCCAUCGUGCUGCUCCGUGAUAAGCAUGCUGUCCGGAAAAGUCUCACUGCUCUGGGUCUGGACCACAAGCCAGAGACAAUCCAACUCAUCACCCGAGACAUGGUCCGAGAGCUCAUUGUUCCUACAGAGGACCCCUCUGGGGAAUCCCUAAUCAUCAGCCCUGAGGAGUUUGAGCGGAUCAAAUGGGCAUCCCAAGUCCUGACCAAAGAAGAAUUGGAGGCCAAAGAGCAGGCCUUCAAGAAGGAGAAGGAAGCCAUCUUGGAAGCAGUGACAAUCCGCAAGAAGAUCAUGAAGCAGAAAGAAAUGGCCGGGAGCAACAACAAGAAGCUGAGUGACCUGGAGGAGGUGGCCAGGGAGCGGGCCCAGAACCUUCUGCAGAGAGCCAGCAAGCUUCGCAUGGAGCAGGAGGAGGAGCUUAAGGACAUGAGCAAGAUUAUUCUGAAUGCCAAGUGCCACGCAAUCCGGGAUGCCCAGAUCCUGGAGAAGCAGCAGAUACGAAAGGAACUGGAAGAGGAGGAGAAGCGGUUGGAUCAGAUGAUGGAAGAAGACCGGCAGAAAUCCCUCCAAAGGCAGAAGGAUCGGGAAAAGAAGAGGAAGGAGGAAAGAAUACGGGGAAAACGGCACAUUGUGGAACAGAUGAAAAAGAACGAAGAGGAGCGAUCGCUGCUUGCAGAGCACCGUGAACAGGAGAAGGAGCAGAUGCUGGCCUAUAUGGAGCGGCUCCAGGAGGAGGAUUUGCAGGAACUGGAGCGGAGGCAUCAGGAGAAGCUGAAGAUGCAAGCGGAAAUCAAACGGAUCAACGAUGAAAACCAGAGACAGAAAGCAGAGCGGCUGGCACAGGAGAAGCUGGCAGACCAGAUGGUGAUGGAAUUCACCAAGAAGAAGAUGGCUCGAGAGGCAGAGUUUGAGGCUGAGCAGGAAAGACUCCGGAGGGAGAAAGAGAAGGAGAUUGCCCGCCUGAGGGCCAUGCAGGAGAAGGCCCAGGAUUACCGAGCAGAGCAGGAUGCCUUGCGGGCCAAGCGCAACCAGGAGGUUGCAGAUCGAGAAUGGCGCCAAAAGGAAAAGGAAAACGCGCAGAAGAAGAUGGAGACCGAGGAAAAGCUGCGCAAAAGCCGGCUGGAGCAGGUGGCUUUCAAGGAACACACGUUGGCCGUUCAGGUGCAGCGGGACCGAGAUGAGUUCGAGAGGAUCCUUCGGGCUCAGAGAGAGCAGAUCGAGAAGGAGAAGAUGGAGCAGGAGAAGAAGGCCAUGGGGUGCUUACAGCAUGCCAACGAGCUCCGACGGCAGGUGCGUGAGAACCAGCAGAAGCACGUGCAGGACCGGCUCGCUACCUUCGAAGAGGGCCGGCGCCUCAAGGAGGAAGCCCAGAAGCGCCGUGAACGCAUUGAGGACAUCAAGAAACAGAAGCUGGAAGAGCUGAGAGCAACCGGCCUUCCCGAGAAAUACUGCAUCGAAGCUGAGCGCAAAGCCAACAUCCUGCCGACCACUUCUGUAAACUGAAGGGGAGCAUCUAUGGUCUUUGGGGGGGAGGGCACACGUUCUGCCGGUCCCUGGGGCAUCUACAGUUGCU